GCAGAAAAGUAGCACAAAAGAAAAUCCGAGCCGCGCCGAGCGGUGAGACCGCCGGACAGCAGGGACGCAGGUCACUCAGGAGGGCGAGGACAUGCGUCAUUUGCCUGCCGCUGGACAGAGGACUGAACACGGGCGUCGUGCACCGCGUCUGACUGCGUUUGACCUGUGUUUUCGGCCAAAGCGCGUAGCUGGAGCGAGUCUGGGAAACCCGAGCCGAGCCGCAGGAGCUUUAGCCCGCGCGGGGACAUAUGACAUGACGGCGGCUUCCUGUGGGAAGAGGAAGUGGUGUGUCUGUUGUAGGACGGUAGCAGAUCUACACGCCAGCGCAGAAGCUCUCAGUUAGCUGAACCGUCCAGCCUCGUCUCCGUUCUCCUCCAGUUCACCAUGGCUUUCUGCGGGCUGCCCGCCGUCUGUCUAUCCCUCAUAACCAUCAUCAGCGGCUGCCAUGGCAACGCCAUCCCCCGCAUCACCUUUCCUCUCGACAGUCCAGGCCGAGUGGUCAGCAUCUUCAGUCCUCCUGACGUUUAUAACGCCACCACGCUGCUGCUGAGUAAGGAUGAGGAGACUCUGUUUGUCGGCGCGAGGAACACUCUCCUCUCACUCCGCGUCAACGAGUGGGGCGGCCUCAUCCUCAACAGGACGCUCGACUGGUCACCCACUGAGAAGGACCUCAGCGACUGCUCCAUGAAGGGCAAGGAGAAGACUGACUGUCCGAACUUUGUGCGAGUCCUGCAGGUGCUGAACUCCACCCAUAUGUAUGCCUGUGGAACAUUUGCCUUCAGCCCUCGCUGCACCUACAUUAACUCUCAGCAGUUCUCCCUGGUGACCGGUGGAAAGCCUGAAGAGGGCAGAGGUCGCUGCCCUUACAACCCCUACCAGAAGAACACGGCCAUCACUGUGGGUGGAGAGCUGUACACCGGUACGGUGGCGGAUUACAGGGGGAAUCGGCCUGUUAUCUCUCGUCACCUGAGCGACGGAGGUCAUGUUGAUCUGAAGCUGGAUGAUACGCUGGGCUGGCUAGAUGAGCCCACCUUCAUCAGCUCAGCCUCCAUUCCCAGUGAGGAGAAAGUCUAUUUCUUCUUUAGUGAGAUCGGCCGGGAAUACGACUUCAUCGAUAAGUUCACCGUGUCUCGCAUCGCCCAGGUUUGCACGAGUGACAAUGGGGGUCAGCGGACUCUGCAGCGGCGCUGGACCACCUUCACCAAAGCUCAGCUCCUCUGUCAGGCCAGCGGAGAACUGCCUUACAACGUCCUGCAGGACAUGACCACCCUCCAGCCAGCAGGGGGAGCCACUGAGGGUGAUACGCUGUUCUAUGGCAUCUUCAGCUCUCAGUGGUCUGUAAACGCUGGCCGCUCUGCAGUGUGUGUGUUCAGCCUCAGAGACAUUAAAGAAGUUUUUGCUGGAAGCUACAAAUUUCUGAACAAGGAUACGCUGAAAUGGACCACACGGGUGCAGGAGAAGAUCACCAACCCUGGAGAGUGUGGCCUCCACAACGCUUCAGAUAACGUGCUGCGCUUUGUGAAGGAGAACUUCCUGGCUGAUAAAAGUGUCCUACCUGUCAAUCAGAAGCUGACCAUGGUGUCAUCUGACCACCACUACAGCAACAUCGCAGCCCAGAGAGUGCAGACGGAUAAUGACAAAGAAUACACCGUCCUGUAUCUGCUCACAGAAACUGGCUUCCUGCACAAAGCUGUGCUUCUGGAGGAAGGCGUCCACAUCAUUGAGGAGAUCCAAGUGUUAACACGGCCUCAGCUGGUCAAAAACCUCCUGCUGUCCAUCUCUAAGGGUGUGGUGUUAGUGGGCUCUGCUGAGGGCGUGGUAUCCGUUCCCGUCUCCAACUGCUCCUACUACUCGAGCUGUGCUGAGUGCGUGUUGGCCAGAGACCCCUUCUGUGGCUGGGACCCCUCACGCAGAGUCUGUGCUGUUAUCUCCUCCAUUGAAGGGAGCUUUCUUCAGGAUGUGGAUGGAGGGCUUGUGUGUGGAGAGUGUGAAGAGUGUAGAGCCCCUGUUAUCACGCCCCGUUCACGCUCCGGCUCCGGCACCGGCUCUCCCAAAUCUCCUGCACCCCCCGGUGAGCUGGUGUCCGUGUCGCUGAACGAGGUGGUCCAUCUGCAGUGCCCAGCGGUCUCCCAUCUGGCCCAGCGCCACUGGGAACGGCAAAACAGCCAGAUCUCCCUGAAAAUCUACAUGCAGCAUGAGGACGGCAGCCUCAGCUUCCUCGCCACGCCGUCCACUCUGGGCGGUUACCUGUGCAAGGCCGAGGAAAACGGCUUCACUCAGACGCUCAUCGCGUUCGAGGUCAGACAGAAGAGCAGCCCAACCCUCCAGCCUGUAACACCCAGCAGACCACAGGUCACACAGUCGUCCGAAACCAGACAAGCCCCCACCACUAAAUGGGUGACCAUGCUGCAGGACAGGGAGGAGACGCCAAAGCCCAAGGCGAAGGAGCUGCAGCCCACCAUGUCUGUCAGAGAGACGCAAGCAGUGACCGCAAACAGGAACGUCUCGGAGAACAAGCAGGACAGGCUGAAGGUUGGAGUGGCUGGAGGGGAACAUCAGCUGCUGGCGAAGACGCCCAGCUACCUGCAGGAGCUGGUGGUGGUCUCUGUGCUGCUAGCGUUGUGCAUUAGCGCAUUGCUGACCAUUGCACUGUUCAACGUCAGGCAGCGGUGUCGCAGCAGGACGGCCCCCCACAGCCCCGGCUCGCAGAGGGCGGGGGCCGCCUCGCCUCAGGAGCGAGAGGCACUCAGGGGGAAUUCGCCAAGCGGGGGAAAACGCAACGGACAUGCCAACAACACUGCGAAAUCUCCAAAUACCCUCAGCAACGGCACGCUGAACGGCUCCAACGGCCACCUGCCCAACACGCCAAUCUGAGGACUGGCUGCCUCGGUUUUCCCUUCCCUGUGUUGCUCUCAGCCUGGUGUGAUCUAGGACUGCACAGUAUACACAAGACCCCAUACUGUGACCUUAAGAUUGCUGCGUACUUAAUUAAUGCCUUUCCAUGCACUAAUAACACACACAGGAAUGGUUGAUGUUGCAUGGUUAAAGGAGAAUUUCACCCAUUUUACUCAGUUCCUGACGUUCAGCAAGUCAUUCAGAGUGGUUUGGCCUGAAAUGCUUCGUUCCAGAGAAACGCAGAGAAUCAGAAUAGCUCACAGUGGUGGUGAUGGGAACCAGGGGUUCACCAAGUUUGCCCUUAAAUGUGUUCUUGAGAAAAGUCCCAGGAAAAAGUUCUUAAAGCGCAGAACUUGGUCUCACCUUUGGGCUCUUGACUGCGUAGAUUCUGUUCUUCCCUAAGAACAAAUCCCAGAUAAGACAACACAGAGCCAUGAAUGACAGAGCCUUUGUGAAAACUGUGUAAAAUAGAAAUUUCUUCUCAGCCUCUUCAGCUCCUCGGGACCACCGGUGGUCCCAAACCGCACUCGGUCAUGUUCCUCAUAACGUUCCUACUCCAUAAGCUCCAUUCAGAA